AUGCCCGUUUUCGAACCGGAUGGCUACACUGCCGCCGGUAUAGACUCCCUCUUCAAGGAUGCGUCGGGUGCCUACUGGGAGCCCGUCUACCAGCAUGACUGCUCCUUCAACACAGACUUCUUCAACGAAGUCAUGAUGAACAUGAUCAAGAACCCCAAUGUCAACACGAAAUGGCUGUUCCGUGCAGACAUCCUGCACGACACGGGCGAUGAUGCAAUCCCGGGAGCGGAGCACCAACCUCAGAUCGUACACCUUGGCGGCUAUCACACAGAACGCGCCCUCGUCCGCCGCCUCGUGCCAAGGAACCCCCGCCGCGACAAUCCUCUCGACCAGACAUGCCUCUUCCUUCAGCAGGUCGACGGUCCCAAGACCCGCACCGUCGUCCUGUACCUCCCGCACGAGUCCUCCGCCGACGACAUGCCCUUCUAUCAUCCCAAGGUCCGCGGCAUCGCCCAGCUCCACGAGUGGGACGCCGACGAGGCCCGCGGUACCAUCUCUAUCCACUACUGGCACUUCCCACCCGGCGAGCACGGCAUCGACCCGGAGACGGACCCCGAGAAGCUGAAGCGCACAGCCCGCAUGCUCCUUUCCGUCCUCCACAAGCACGGCCAGGGCCAGGCGGCCGGCUACGUGAAGAAGGUCCACCACGACGUCGUCAUCCCCCAGGCACGCUUCCAGGACCGCUACUCCGCCCUCAAGCUCAAGCACGCCGCCCGUCUCGUGAGCACCUGGGCCGAGGUGACCGACCCCCCUGAAGCACGUCUUUGA